CGACGGACCAGUUUAUGGAGUUUAGAGGAAGAAGCUUGGUGGUGAGAGUUUCUCUCGGUGCUGUUCGGGUAAAAUGGGAGGCUGCAGAGCGUUUCGGGGCUCAGCGUUGCUCUUCGUGCUGCUGGAGCUCUCUCUGGUCUGCUGUGACAUCACGGACGGAAACGCGGAGCACCUGAAGCGGGAGCACUCGUUAACGAAGCCGUACCAAGGUGUCGGCAGCAGCCCAUCCAGCCAGUGGGAUUUCUCCGGAAGCACUUUGGUGACGAGCUCGUACGUCCGCCUGACUCCAGAUGAGAGGAGCAAGCAGGGAUCCAUCUGGAACACCGUGCCUUGUUACCUGAAGGACUGGGAGAUGCACGUGCAGUUUAAAAUCCACGGCUCGGGGAAGAAGAAUCUCCAUGGCGACGGCAUCGCUCUCUGGUACACGAAGGACAGGCUGCAUUCAGGCCCUGUGUUUGGAAACCAGGAUCAGUUUCUUGGCCUGGCUAUUUUUUUGGAUACCUUCCGCAAUGACCUCCAUGGGAUGGAUCGCUCCUUCCCAUACAUUUCAGCCAUGGUGAACAACGGCUCGGUGAGUUACGACCACGGGAAAGACGGCCGCUCGUCUGAGCUGGGAGGCUGCUCUGCCGAGAUCAGGAACCGUGAUCACGACACGUACCUCGCCAUCCGCUACUCCAAAGGGCGACUGACGGUGAUGGUGGACGUGGACGACAAGAACGAGUGGAAGGAGUGCAUCGACAUCGGCGGAGUUCGUCUUCCCACGGGAUAUUUCUUUGGGGCUUCGGCAGCUACGGGCGACCUGUCGGAUAACCAUGACAUCAUCUCCAUGAAGCUCUACCAGCUGAUGGUGGAACACACGGCUGAAGAGGAGAACUUGGACUGGACGAAGAUCGAGCCCAGCGUCAGCCUCCUCAAAUCCCCUAAAGACAACAUCGAUGAUCCCACCGGAAACUUCCGCAGCACGCCUCUCACCGGCUGGAAGGUGUUCCUGCUGCUGCUGUGCGCCCUGCUGGGGAUCGUGGUGUGCGCCGUGGUGGGAGCUGUGGUUUUCCAGAGGAGACAGGAGAGGAACAAAAGGUUUUACUGAGGAGGAGGCAGAGGAGGACGAGACUGGUGUUCUUACUGGAGAGGAAUAAACUGUUUCCUGAUGAUGGAUUGAGCACACUUAAUGUGAAUUUGUUUUCUACAGAUGGUCUGAAUGUUUGUAUCUGUGAAGCACUGCGGGGGGGAGGUGAUGAUUGCAGGGUUCGAUUUCCUUUCAUUGACAAACUUUGGGGUUUUUUUUUUUUCUUAAAGAGCGUGUUACGCCUGCUUUUUGUUGAUCAGGUGUGUUCUGCUGCAGAGCGCUGAACGUGGCUUCGAUCCAUGAAGAUGGUUUCUUAUUACAGAGGAGAGCUGGUGCUGGUUUAGUGCCGACCUGUGAGGAACAAACUCGUGUAAAGAAGUCAUCACAGCCAACGGGAAGGCUUCAGAUUAUAGUCGGAGCCUCGGGCUGCGGUCCAACAGUCCACAGACAUCCCUCAUUUGUUUGGCUUUGCUGGACGUUAAACGUGACGAGUCUGACCGCUCCCACUCAGCCGGCUUCACAGCGAUGGUGUUAACGUGGGUCUGCCGUGGAGACGAGAGGAUUAUCUUACACACAUCCACGUUGCUUCUCACUGCAGCUGGACUCAAACAGUCAGAAUAAAGGUGUCAUGUUCGUUAUGUUAGGGUCAGUUUCUCGUGUUACAUUCUGCCGCAGACACGAAUUGGCCUCGUCGUCGCCUCCUCUGUCUCCUCUGCCGAAGGAGGCGAUAAAGAACACUUAGAAGCUCCUUUCCUUAGUGCUGGUGGGAUUCAGCGGCUCUGGUUGUGUCUGCAGCCUUCAGGAAGUUAGAGACGCAUGAGGGAAUAGAAAGGACUCUUUGGCCGCGGCCUGAUCGAUUUGAUUCGUCGUUGUGUUUUAUCCAUCCAAUCAGAAUCAUUCAGUUCAAUCCAGGAUUUCCUGAAAGUGUUUUUUUUUUUUUUCUAUUUCAGAGAACAACUUUAGUCUGUGUGUGUGUGUGUGUGUGUGUGUGUGUGUGUGCUCGCUCUGCUCUGAUCAGUCUCCAUCAGCCUGUCGACGCCCCCUGGUUUACUCGAUGGCGUCUGUGAAGCUUCGUUCUGAUGGUUAGCCGACGGUUUGGUUUAACGUCAGAGGAAAUUGAUAAGCUUGCCUCAGAAUAAAAUAUUUACUGCUGCGUUCACCCAUCAGGACUCUGCUCAUCGCUCGUGACAUAAACACGUCAGGCUGUACAAACUUUAAGGGGACGGCGAGCAGCUCGGAGGGAUGGUGCGGUCACUUCCUGUUUUAACUGAAGUAGACAUUGUCCUGGAAACAGACGGUAAAGUUCACAGCGAGUUGAAACAUUAGAAACAUUAAAGCUGUUUGUGUGUUUGUGGAGAGCAGCUAUUGUCAGAGUUCACGUAGAGUACGGCCUUCUCUGUCUUCAGUUUGUGUGACGCGGUGUUUGAAUCAUGCUCGGAGAACAAGUGUGAAUAAUAAUUUCUCAUUGUCUCCUUUUUGUUCGUUUGGGUUUUUGCUUUGCUCACGUUUUUCCGUCAUCUUUCAUUCAAAGCGUUUUUAUUGGUUUCUGUUCUUAAAGCCGCUCUGUGGGUUUUUCUGCAGAGACCUGAAACUCUCCUCUCGUCACAAAUAAUGUACUAAAAUAAAAUAAAAAAUUAACCGUGA